AUGGCCCUCGUCCGACGACUCGCGCGCUCCUCUCGCUCUGUGCAGACAUGGCAGCUGCCUGUAGGCGCUUCCAGCUCCCGUGACCGCCAGAACGCGCCUCUCCCGACGCAGUCGCUGGCUCUGCGCGCCUUCCACGCGUCUCCGCAGCGCGAAAACUCGGUUCUCAUCGCAGGUCUGGGCGUCGCUGGAGCCGCAUUGAGCGCCAAGUACGUGCUGCAGGUAUGGGAAGCCUACAAGAACCGCCCUAAGAGCGAGAAGGUGAGCUCUUGGAAGUACCGUAACUUCUACGAUGGCCCAUUCGAGGAGAAAAUGACGCGACGCGAGGCCGCACUCAUUCUUGGCGUGCGUGAGAGCGCGUCAGAGGAGCGAAUCCGCAACGCGCACCGCAAGCUGCUUAUCCUGAACCACCCGGACACGGGCGGCUCCACGUUCCUGGCUACCAAGAUCAACCAGGCGAAGGAGAUGUUGCUUGGUGGUGGCAAGUAG